AUGUUGGAGGCCAGCAGCUGGAUGUCACACCCGCUCACUACCACAACACUGCGUCCUAAGCUGCUCACUACCGCAACACUGCGUCCUAAGCUGCUCACUACCGCAACACUGCGUCCUAAGCUGCUCACUACCGCAACACUGCGUCCUAAGCUGCUCACUACCGCAACACUGCGUCCUAAGCUGCCCACUACCGCAACACUGCGUCCUAAGCUGCCAACUACCACAACACUGCGUCCUAAGCUGCUCACUACCGCAACACUGCGUCCUAAGCUGCUCACUACCGCAACACUGCGUCCUAAGCUGCCCACUACCGCAACACUGCGUCCUAAGCUGCUCACUACCGCAACACUGCGUCCUAAGCUGCUCACUACCGCAUCACUGCGUCCUAAGCUGCUCACUACCGCAACACUGCGUCCUAAGCUGCUCACUACCGCAACACUGCGUCCUAAGCUGCUCACUACCGCAACACUGCGUCCUAAGCUGCCCACUACCGCAACACUGCGUCCUAAGCUGCUCACUACCGCAACACUGCGUCCUAAGCUGCCCACUACCGCAACACUGCGUCCUAAGCUGCUCACUACCGCAACACUGCGUCCUAAGCUGCUCACUACCGCAACACUGCGUCCUAAGCUGCCCACUACCGCAACACUGCGUCCUAAGCUGCUCACUACCGCAACACUGCGUCCUAAGCUGCCCACUACCGCAACACUGCGUCCUAAGCUGCUCACUACCGCAACACUGCGUCCUAAGCUGCUCACUACCGCAACACUGCGUCCUAAGCUGCUCACUACCGCAACACUGCGUCCUAAGCUGCCCACUACCACAACACUGCGUCCUAAGCUGCCCACUACCGCAACACUGCGUCCUAAGCUGCUCACUACCGCAACACUGCGUCCUAAGCUGCUCACUACCGCAACACUGCGUCCUAAGCUGCCCACUACCGCAACACUGCGUCCUAAGCUGCUCACUACCGCAACACUGCGUCCUAAGCUGCUCACUACCGCAACACUGCGUCCUAAGCUGCUCACUACCGCAACACUGCGUCCUAAGCUGCUCACUACCGCAACACUGCGUCCUAAGCUGCCCACUACCACAACACUGCGUCCUAAGCUGCCCACUACCGCAACACUGCGUCCUAAGCUGCCCACUACCGCAACACUGCGUCCUAAGCUGCUCACUACCGCAACACUGCGUCCUAAGCUGCUCACUACCGCAACACUGCGUCCUAAGCUACCCACUACCACAACACUGCGUCCUAAGCUGCCAACUACCACAACACUGCGUCCUAAGCUGCCCACUACCGCAACACUGCGUCCUAAGCUGCCCACUACCGCAACACUGCGUCCUAAGCUGCCCACUACCGCAACACUGCGUCCUAAGCUGCCCACUACCACAACACUGCGUCCUAAGCUGCCAACUACCACAACACUGCGUCGUAAGCUGCCCACUACCGCAACACUGCGUCCUAAGCUGCCCACUACCACAACAUUGCGUCCUAAGCUGCCCACUACCACAACACUGCGUCCUAAGCUGCCCACUACCGCAACACUGCGUCCUAAGUUGCCCACUACCGCAACACUGCGUCCUAAGCUGCUCACUACCGCAACACUGCGUCCUAAGCUGCCCACUACCGCAACACUGCGUCCUAAGCUGCUCACUACCGCAACACUGCGUCCUAAGCUGCCCACUACCACAACACUGCGUCCUAAGCUGCCCACUACCGCAACACUGCGUCCUAAGCUGCCCACUACCGCAACACUGCGUCCUAAGCUGCUCACUACCGCAACACUACGUCCUAAGCUGCUCACUACCGCAACACUGCGUCCUAAGCUGCUCACUACCGCAACACUGCGUCCUAAGCUGCCCACUACCACAACACUGCGUCCUAAGCUGCCCACUACCGCAACACUGCGUCCUAAGCUGCCCACUACCGCAACACUGCGUCCUAAGCUGCCAACUACCACAACAUUGCGUCCUAAGCUGCCCACUACCACAACACUGCGUCCUAAGCUGCCCACUACCACAACACUGCGUCCUAAGCUGCCCACUACCACAACACUGCGUCCUAAGCUGCCCACUACCGCAACACUGCGUCCUAAGCUGCCCACUACCACAACAUUGCGUCCUAAGCUGCCCACUACCACAACACUGCGUCCUAAGCUGCCCACUACCACAACACUGCGUCCUAAGCUGCCCACUACCAAGCAAUCUACAAGAUGCUGA